AUGGCCACCAAAGAAGACCAAGCCAUGCAGGACCGCAUCCUCAACCACAUGAACACCUCCCACACCCGCGAACUCACCCACUACCUCCGCCACUACUGCGGCCUCACUCCCCGCCAGGCGAGAAACGCCUCCCUCCGCGACAUCACCCUCCAGGGCAUGCGCAUCCGCGCCAGCGGCGCCGACUUCGUCGUCCACUUCAAGCCGUGCCUCCAGUCGUGGAGCGAGGUGCGCCCCCGUGUCGUCGAGAUGGACGCCAUUGCCCGCGAGGCCCUCGGCAUAAGCGACAUCUACAUGAGCAGAUAUCACGGCCCGGGCUUCGCAGACGCGGUUGUCAUGGCCGGAGUGGCCUUUUACUUUGUGUGCUUUCUCAGCUUACCGUGGAUUUCGCCUGAAUCUCCCGUCUGGGAGAUCCUGACUGCGUACUUUCCAGGGGGGCCGGGCAUGUUCCGCUGGCUGGUCAAGGCGAUUUUCUUCCCGGUUGUUGGUAUUCAUCUGAUUGAGCCGAUGGUCCUGGAUAGGACGAGGUUGCAGAAGCAUGGGGUGGAUAGGUGGUCUGGGCAGUGGUGGAUGUGGAUGGUGAGCUGCUUCUUUGAGGGGCUCAUGGUGUUUAAGCGGUUUGAUGGGGUGAUUGCCAAGAAGAGGGCUCAGAAGGCGGCCAAGAAGCAUUAG